AUGCCGACCAUUUUUCCUACCUGGCCGAACAUCCUAUUCGGCACUCUUGAGCCCAUCUCACUACUCCUUGGUGCAGCUGCUCCGCUUGUUGACUUACACGGGUUCAUCGCUGGCCAAACACCCAAAACAGUUGCACCAGCAGAACUCCAUCCGAGCAGCAUCGCCCUCGCUUACCAGCUGGGGAAUCUCUACGCCCUUCUCUUCAUGAUUGGGGUUGCUGUCUGCCAUGGUACCUCAGAACCGAAGGUACUACGCAACUACUUGGUUGCUCUCGCCAUCGCUGAUGUCGGGCACGUUUAUGCCACGUAUGUGGCCAUGGGGUGGGAUGCGUUUGUUGACAUCAGCUCGUGGAAUGCACUCACCUGGGGAAAUAUUGGAGCCACUGCUUUCCUCUUUGCAAAUCGGUUGGGUUAUUUCAUGGGAAUCUUCGGCUACGCCAAACUUCCCAAGCUUGAGGAAAAGACAGCGUAA